CGGCGGCGGCGGAGCCAGGCCCCCUUCUCCUUCCGCGGCCGCCCUCCUUCCUCGUCGCACCACGUUCCGGGCCGCUCCGACGCCGCCGCGCCCGCGUGCCGCCCGCGCAGUCCCCGUGGGAGCCGGAGCCAGCGUCCCGGGCCUCGCGCCCCGCUCGCCCAUCCCGCCGCGCCGCCGCCGCCGCCAUGCCCUCGGCCAAACAAAGGGGCUCCAAGGGCGGCCACGGCGCCGCGAGCCCCUCGGACAAGGGCGCCCACCCGUCGGGCAGCGCGGAUGACGUGGCGAAGAAGCCGCCGCCGGCGCCGCAGCAGCCGCAGCCGUCCGCGCCGCACCCGCCGCAGCACCCGCAGAACCAGGCGCACCGGGGCGGCCACCGCGGCCGCUCCUCGGCCGCCGCCGCCGCCGCGUCCUCGGCGUCCUGCUCUCGUAGGCUUGGCCGGGUGCUCAACUUUCUCUUCUACCUCUCGCUGGUGGCGGCGGCCGCCUUCUCGGGCUGGUAUGUCCAUCACGUCCUGGAGGAGGUCCAGCAGGUCCGGCUUGGCCACCAGGACUUCUCCCGUCAGAGGGAUGAGCUGGGCCAGGGCUUGCAGGGCGUCGAGCAGAAGGUACAAUCUCUGCAAGCCACGUUUGGGACUUUUGAGUCCAUCCUGAGAAGUUCCCAGCAUAAACAGGAUCUCACAGAGAAAGCCGUAAAGGAAGGGGAAAGUGAGCUCAACCGUAUUAGCGAGGUUCUACAGAAGUUACAGAAUGAGAUUCUCAAAGACCUGUCGGACGGGAUCCACGUGGUGAAGGAUGCCCGAGAGCGGGACUUCACGUCCCUGGAGAACACGGUCGAGGAGCGCCUGACGGAGCUCACCAAGUCCAUCAAUGACAACAUCGCCAUCUUCACUGAUGUGCAGAAGAGGAGCCAGAAGGAGAUCAACGAGGUCAAGAUGAAGGUUGCCUCCCUGGAAGAAUCCAAGGGGGAUCGAAGUCAGGAUGUGAAAAUUCUGAAGGAAGCUAUGAAGGAAGUACAGGCCUCCAUGAAGUCUAAGGAGAGGGACAUCGAGGCCCUGAAGAGUUCCCUUCAGGCCAUGGAGUCCGAUGUCUACACAGAGGUCCGGGAGCUGGUGAGCCUCAAGCAGGAGCAACAGGCGUUCAAGCAGGCCGCCGACUCAGAGCGCCUGGCUCUGCAGGCCCUCACAGAGAAGCUAAUGCAGUCGGAGGAGUCCUCCUCUCGCCUCCCAGAGGACAUCCGGAGACUGGAGGAAGAGCUACAGCAGCUGAAGGCGGGGGCCCAUGGGUCAGAGGAGGCUGUUGUCUUCAAAGACUCUAAAGCUUUAGAGGAGCUGCAAAGGCAGAUGGAGGGCCUGGGCGCCAGGCUCCAGUAUGUAGAGGACGGGGUCUACUCUAUGCAAGUGGCUUCUGCACGCCACACUGAGAGCCUGGAGUCACUCCUGUCCAAGAGCCAGGAGUAUGAGCAACGCCUGGCUAUGCUGCAGGGGCACGUGGAAAGCCCUGGCCCCUCAUCUGACCUGGCCAGCACAGUCAGGAGCCUGGGGGAGACCCAGCUGAUGCUGUCCAGCGACUUGAAGGAGCUGAAGCAAAGCCUGGGUGAGCUGCCUGGUACCAUGGAGUUACUGCAAGAGCAAGUGCACUCACUGCUCAGCCAGGACCAAGCCCAGGCGGCGGGCUUGCCUCCUCAGGACCUCCUGGACAGACUCUCCUCUCUAGACAACCUGAAAUCCUCAGUGAGCCAAGUGGAGUCAGACUUGAGAAUGCUCAGGACUGCCGUGGACAGUUUGGUCGCCUACUCCGUCAAAAUCGAAACGAACGAGAACAACUUAGAAUCAGCCAAGGGCUUGCUAGAUGACCUGCGGAAUGAUCUGGAUAGGUUGUUUGUGAAAGUUGAGAAGAUCCAUGAAAAGAUCUAAACGAACUGCAACUGCGUGUGUGGGCACAGUUUUUCUUACGACCAAAAACAAAACAAAACAAAAAAAUCCCAUUAUUUUCUCCCAGGUGCCCUCCUACCACCUUCUCUCCCCUCCCCCACCUCACGGAAAGCAGCAGACACCGGCUGAACACCACCCUGGUGUUCUCUGCCCAGUUAAUUUAUUUGCAGUUAUUACCACAAGCCUUGGUUUCUUAAGUCCUGUUUCUGCUUUUGGUUUGGCUUCCUGAAGGCCCAGCCAGCCCUGUGCAGAAAAGGAUGUGUCUCCUGCUAGAAAGAUGACAGUGGCUUUAUUAACUGGGGAUUAUCAGGAAGCAGAUUAACCUAAAAAAAGGAUCCUGUCAGGCUGACAGAUUUAUAGUAAAAUAGAAAAACAACAAAGAACAAGUGGGGGGCACUUUUUAAAAUUGUCUUUAAGGAAAAUUAAUUUUAUUGUCUUUUUUUUUUAUACUCUUGGUCAGGGUUUUUAGGAGCUGUCUCCUUCUUGUCUUCCUUUUAGAACUGGUAAACACUCCUAGAGGUCAGCUCUGAAUGGGUGAAAGAGGACCCCCACCUCCACCCCCAACCCUCCUGAGGGUCACUUUCAGAGGCAUAGUCUCUAUUCCCUAAUCUAGUCAUACAUACAGUAACUAUGCAAACUCAGUAGGUCCUGAAGGUGAAAACAUAGCACCCUGAGGCCCAGUGCCCCUCUGGUCCUGGUGACCCACCUGCGUCACCAGGCUAGGAGGGGUCACUAAGUGAGUUUGGAGGGGGUGUUCUUUGGGUUCUGAUGUGAGAGCUGUAUUUUCCACAGAGGAUUCAGGCAUCUCCCUGAGAGAUGUAGGCCAGGCCUUUUUGUUUUAUCACAGUAUCUUUGGAGAGGUUUCCCACCGCCUGGCCCCAUCUGUCAGUGGGGAUCAUGUGUGUUGUGUUUCUGUGAUUGUUCUCCAUGUACCCUUCGAGAUGUAUUGUCUCUAAUGGCUGCCUUGCCCUUCCCACCUUCCCCUCCCGCCUCCAAAAAAAAAAAAAAAAAAAAAAAAAAAAAAAAAAAAAAAAGGAAAGAAAAAAAACCCGAAAAACUGAAAAGAAAAACAAGGUUUGUUAGUUUACUGUGAAAUGAACUGUAUGGCUUAUUUACAGUAUUUUUAAUUCUUAAUAAACACUUGAGCUUUGUUAUGACCUUCAGUCAAUGGAUUCCA